GCACCCAAUUUAGAGAAAUUGGGUUCAUAAGAUCUGUGUUGUUUGGCUUCAUUUUCUCUCUCGUUUUUUUCUGGCCAUUUUGUAUUUGCAGGGGACAGAGGCAGGAGAAGAGAGAGAAACAGUCUCUCUCUCUUCUGUGUUUUUCUCUUCGUGUUUUUGUGGAAAAAAAUUGUUUUUUGUUUUGGGAUUUGAGGGUAUUUAGGGUGUGGAUUGAGUUGGUUUGUUGGGGUCGGAAUCACAACCAUGAAUAUGAUGCGAAGGUUGAAGAGCAUUGCUUCUGGGAGGACUUCGAUUUCAUCAGAUCCUGGAGGGGAUUGUACCACAAAGAGAGCCAAAGUUGAUCAGGAGACUGAAGGAAAGGUCAACGAGGAAACAUAUCCUAUGGAGAGAGGUGGAAAAGAUCAGGAGCAGAAUAUAGAUGCAUCAAAAGAAACUGCUGUUGGCACAGUUAAUUCCAAUGUUUCUACAGUGGCUAGAAUUGAGAAGUCGGGUUAUGAUCAGCUUCCAAAAGAAUUACGUGAAAUGAAAAUUGUAGAUGACAAAGGGAAAAACAACAAUGAGAAGGAUAUGGAUGCAGCUGUCGUGAAUGGUAAUGGAACAGAGACGGGUCAAAUAAUUACAACUGCUAUUGGUGGUCGAGAUGGACAACCAAAGAGGACAAUCUCAUACAUGGCAGAACGUGUGGUUGGUACUGGAUCUUUUGGUGUUGUUUAUCAGGCCAAGUGCCUUGAAACUGGUGAAGCAGUUGCGAUAAAGAAAGUGUUGCAAGACAAGAGAUAUAAGAAUAGGGAACUGCAGGUUAUGCGUCUGCUUGACCAUACUAACGUUCUCAGACUAAAGCACUGUUUCUAUUCAGCAGCUGAUAAAGAUGAAUUGUACCUUAACCUGGUUUUGGAGUACGUACCUGAAACUGUCUACAGAGUUUCAAAGCACUACAUCAGGAUGCACCAACAUAUGCCUAUCCUUUAUGUGCAACUGUAUACAUACCAGAUAUGUCGUGGAUUAAAUUAUUUGCAUCAUGUGAUUGGAGUCUGUCAUCGAGACAUCAAACCCCAGAAUCUAUUGGUUAAUCCCCAGACUCAUCAGUUAAAGAUAUGUGAUUUUGGGAGUGCAAAGAUGUUGGUGCCUGGUGAACCCAACAUAUCGUAUAUAUGCUCACGGUAUUAUAGAGCUCCAGAACUUAUAUUUGGUGCAACGGAAUACACAACUGCUAUUGAUGUUUGGUCUGCUGGUUGUGUUUUGGCUGAGCUUCUUCUAGGACAGCCAAUGUUUCCUGGGGAGAGUGGGGUUGAUCAGUUGGUAGAGAUCAUCAAGAUCUUAGGAACGCCAACUAGAGAAGAAAUAAAGUGCAUGAAUCCAAAUUACACUGAAUUUAAGUUUCCUCAGAUAAAAGCACACCCAUGGCACAAGGUUUUUCACAAAAAGAUGCCUUCAGAAGCAGUGGAUCUUGUGUCAAGGAUGCUUCAGUAUUCACCAAAUCUACGAUGCACUGCUUUGGAAGCAUGUGCACACCCCUUCUUUGAUGAUCUGCGAGACCCAAAUGCAUGCUUACCGAAUGGUCGAGCACUGCCUUCUUUGUUUGAUUUCACUGCUCAAGAGCUGGCAGGUGCACCUGAGGAGUUGCGUCGGCGACUCAUUCCUGAGCAUGCAAGUUGAAUUCAUCCUUGGGCAUUGUAAAUUGGUUUUUGGAUGAAUGGACAACAACACCAGCAAUGCUAUCUUCCCUAACUGUUCAGGUCUCUGCUGUCCAGCCUGACAAUCAUGACUAUACAGCUCAUAUGAUCCUCAAAACCAAGCAACCUCUUUAUCAAGGACCUGCUGGUGACAAUCACGUAGAUGAAGUAGGAAUGCCUGGUGAUAGGGUUGCAACCAUUUUUUUAUAAUGUAGUUUAUGAUUGAUGUAUGCCUCAAUUUCAAAAGAUGAUGCGUUCUUGGAAUCUGUUACUCAUGUUUUUCCUGUAGUUCAGAUUUGUUCCUCGAAGUGAGCUAUGUGGAAUCCUCAGAUGAGUAGGCAUUUUUUUUCAACCCCCGUUUCGUUGUAUUGUUUUUACCUUUUUGUAACAAAAAAGCUUCCUAUCUUUUGUUGUUUGGUUCUACUAAUUGCUAAGUCUUGUUAAAUUAUAGUUUUAGGCUCUGCAUAAAUUUUAUGACUAGUCAUCAUUCAUUCUGACAAAUUAUCGAAUGGAUUUCUGGCAAUUUUUGAAUAAAGGCAAUUAGAAUGAUCCAUGAAUUUU